CACGUGGGACGGACGGACCCGAGGAUGACGUACUCGGUGACGGUCACGUGGGACGGAGCCGGCGCCGGCGCGUGCUGCGCGCGGGUGACGGUUGGCCGCCGCCAUGUUGGUGAGCGACGCCAUGGCGUCUUCCAGCCUCAGCCUCGGGCCCCGCGCUCUCUGCUCGCUGGGACUGAUCACCGUCCAAGCCGUGUUGUCUAAAAUUAUAAUAACAGUCAAUAACACAUAUGCUCAUUCAACGAUCGAACUUAAAUGCCUAUCUACAGUGCAUGUUACCAGCUAUGAAUGGUUCAAAGGGAAUGUCAGUGCAACUGAUUUUUAUAAACUAUCCAAGGACAAUACCACCAUCUAUAUCCCUGAUGCUGUUUUUGAUGAUUGUGGAGUUUAUAAGUGCGUCACAAGACAUCAUGGCCUCAUUGCAGCACAAGAAUUCAACUUAAUUAUUGAUGGUAUCCUUCCAUUUGAAUACAAGAUAAUAUCAGUGGCUAUUAUUGGUCUUGGAUGUAUGCUGACCUCAGUUAGUGCCUUCAUGCUUUCAACGGUAUUUCGGUACACAGAUAAGAUAGCACAAACUUCCCUGAUUGUCCUAUGCCUGCUAUUCCUGAUGACAUCACUGAUUAUGCUUCUAACUUCUACUGUAUUAUGGAUUGCAGUAGAUGGUUGGACUGUGGAAUCAAUGUGCCUCCUGAUCUUUUCAGUUCUUUUCAUACUUUCACCAUUCGUAACAUAUAUUGGAAGGAAAUUGGGUCGAUGUGCACGUGAUUUGGCAGAUAGCUGGCUCCCAAUCCUGAUCGCCUUGUUUGUACAUCUAACAAUCAUCACCACAGUCAUUGUGAUCAUGAGGAAGUAUCAAUAUGGUGAGGAAGGAUGUGCAUCUGAAAUGCCUUUGCUACAUCGAUUACUUUUUGCACUUGGUUCACCCUUUGCAUUAUGUACAUUGGUCUACAUUUACAAGAAAAUAACCAACAUAAUUAGAGACUAUCGGCUGCAGUCUGCAGCCCAGGAGGAAGAAGAAGAAAGUGAGGGUGAACCAGAGAGAGAAGAAUCUGAACCAACACUGGCCUGAUCAGCUUCCAGCCGCCUGCAAUGGCUGAAGAUGUGACAAAGUCACGCACGUGGCUUCCUGAAUGUACAACUAUGGCCCUGGUCUCCACGUGCACAGUGAGGGACGUAGCACUGACCUGCUCGCUGCACCACUGAGGAGCCGAGAAUUGGCAGUCACAACUCACCUCCUCAUAAUCUGAAUACAGCAAUCUGCUCCUGUUCAGCACC